UUUAGUUUUACGUUUCUUUAAUUCUUCAGUUGGGUUUACUUAAAUCUGCCUUCUUUCUGUUUCUCAUUCUUUCAGCAGUGUGGUUCAGCAACAUAUAUCUUCCCCUGAUUAUUUUCGUUGUGUACCAACUAUUUCAAUAACGCCCACAAUGUGUUCGACAAAAGUCCCCAACGAACGUACUGGGAAAAUGAACUCUGGUCUCAUCUCAACAAGACACCAAGUAGAUCCUAAGAAAGAAUUGUCUCGGAUUCUGAGAACAGAUGCUGCUGUGAAGGGCAUUGAGAGGAAAGCCAACUCUGAAAAGUACUUAACUUUAUGGCCAAAAGCUGUUCUUGAAGCUCUUGAUGAAGCUAUCAAAGAGAAUCGAUGGCAGUCUGCUCUCAAGAUUUUCCAUCUUCUUAGGAAGCAGCAUUGGUAUGAACCAAGAUGCAAAACAUACACAAAGCUGUUUAAAGUGCUUGGGAAUUGCAAACAGCCUGAUCAAGCCAGCUUGCUUUUCGAAGUUAUGUUGUUUGAAGGAUUAAAGCCCACCAUUGAUGUGUAUACCUCUCUUAUCGCUGUUUAUGGCAAAAGCGAGCUUCUAGACAAGGCGUUUUCUACGCUUGAGUAUAUGAAAUCGGUUAGUGAUUGCAAGCCAGAUGUGUUCACCUUUACUGUUCUCAUCAGUUGUUGCUGCAAACUGGGUCGGUUUGAUCUGGUUAAAAGUAUCGUCCUUGAGAUGUCGUAUCUUGGAGUUGGAUGCAGCACGGUUACUUACAAUACUAUUAUUGAUGGGUAUGGAAAGGCUGGCAUGUUUGAGGAAAUGGAAAAUGUUCUGGCUGAUAUGAUCGAGGAUGGAGAUUCUCUUCCGGAUGUUUUCACGCUUAACUCGAUCAUUGGGUCAUACGGAAAUGGUGGCAACACGAGGAAGAUGGAGAGCUGGUAUAGUCGGUUCCAGCUGAUGGGAGUGCAGCCAGACAUCACUACAUUUAACAUACUGAUCCUGUCAUUUGGAAAAGCUGGAAUGUAUAAGAAGAUGAGCUCCGUUAUGGAUUUCAUGGAGAAAAGGUUCUUCUCCCUGACGACUGUCACUUACAAUAUAGUGAUCGAGACGUUUGGAAAAGCUGGAAGAAUCGAUAAAAUGGAUGAUAUAUUCAGGAAAAUGAAGUAUCAAGGAGUGAAACCAAACUCAAUUACUUAUUGUUCGCUUGUUAACGCGUAUAGCAAAGCUGGUCUUGUCGGUAAGAUAGAUUCGAUUUUGAGACAAAUUGUGAAUUCAGAUGUGGCACUAGAUACUCCGUUCUUCAAUUGCAUAAUCAAUGCAUAUGGUCAGGCUGGUGAUUUGGCUACGAUGAAAGAAUUAUACAUACAAAUGGAAGAGAGAAAAUGUAAGCCUGAUAAAAUCACUUUUGCUACUAUGAUCAAAACCUAUACUGCUCAUGGGAUAUUCGAUGCAGUCCAGGAACUCGAGAAACAAAUGAUUUCCACUGGUUGGGACAGCUGUCUAGAAUCAAAACUCAAUUCAAAGUUGUCUUGGAUCUUGUCCCAGCGUCAAGGCGUGACUGUCUCCAUCAUCACAACUACUCAAAAUGUAGCCAAGAUCAAGACUUCACUCUCAUCUUCCUCUUUGUUUCCGACCAUCAACAUCGUUGAAGUUAAGUUUCCGUCUCAACAAGCUGGUUUGCCAGAAGGGUGCGAGAGUGUAGAUAUGUUGGCUUCAAUGGGCGAUUUGGUGAAGUUCUUUGACGCGGCCAACUCCCUUGAGGAGCAAGUUGAGAAAGCUAUGGAGGAGAUGGUUCAGCCACGACCGAGCUGCAUCAUCGGAGACAUGAGCCUUCCUUUCACUUCAAGACUUGCCAAAAAAUUGAAGAUCCCCAAACUUCUCUUCCAUGGGUUUUCUUGUUUCAGCCUCAUGUGCAUACAAGUGGUUCGACAAAGCGGGAUCUUAAAAGUUAUAGAAUCUAACGACGAGUAUUUCGAGUUGCCCAGCUUGCCUGAUAGAGUUGAGUUCACUAAACCUCAGGUCUCUGUGCUGCAGCCUGUUGAAGGAAAUAUGAAAGAGAGUACGGCCAAGAUUAUGGAAGCUGAUAAUGACUCUUAUGGUGUUAUUGUGAACAGUUUUGAAGAGUUAGAGGUUGAUUAUGCAAGAGACUAUAGGAAAGCAAGGGCUGGGAAAGUUUGGUGCGUUGGACCUGUUUCCUUGUGCAAUAAGUUAGGGUUAGACAAAGCUAAAAGAGGAGAUAAGGCUUCCAUUGGUCAAGACCAAUGUCUUCAAUGGCUAGACUCUCAAGAAACUGGUUCGGUGCUCUACGUUUGCCUUGGCAGUCUAUGUAAUCUUCCCUUGGCUCAGCUCAAAGAGCUAGGACUAGGUCUUGAGGAAUCUAAUAAACCUUUCAUAUGGGUUAUAAGAGAAUGGGGACAACAUGGAGAUUUAGCAAAGUGGAUGCAACAAAGCGGAUUCGAAGAGCGGAUCAAAGAUAGAGGACUUGUGAUCAAAGUUGUGCAGAUACUAAAAGCAGGGUUAAAGAUAGGAGUAGAGAAAUCAUCUAUGAAAUAUGGAAAAGAAGAGGAGAUAGGAGUGAUGGUGAGUAGAGAAAGUGUGAGAAAAGCUGUGGAUGAGCUAAUGGGUGAUAGUGAAGAAGCAGAAGAUAGAAGAAGAAAAGCUAAAGAACUUAGUGAAUUGGCAAAUAAGGCUUUGGAAGAAGGAGGAUCUUCAGAUUCUAAUAUCACAUUGCUCAUUCAAGACAUUAUGGAGCAAUCACAAAAUCAAAUUUGAAUCAAGGAGGUUACGAGUUGAGGAAAAGAAAACAUAGGGUUGUAAACUAUUUUUAUUUCUCCAUGUUAGAAUAAAGAAGUUUGUAAUAA